AUGGGUAGCAUUUGCUGUAGGAUGCUACAAAGGUAGAGUAUGAGAGUUUUAUGUUAUGUUUACAGAUACUGUGUGCAUAAGUAAUUGUAUAUAUGAGUAUCCUAGGUUGGCUGCAUCUGCACAGGAGAUACAGUAAUCCCAGAAAAUUAGUUUAACAUUGUUUGGACUUUGUCAAUGAGAUGUAGCUGAUACACUCCUAGGCAAAGUAAGCACGGGGUCCACGUCUCGAUUACCGUAAGCAAUUGCAUUGAUGAAGAAGAAAAAAAGCAGAAUCAAUGAGAACACUGACAAUGGGCAAAACCUAAAACUUUGCCAAGUGAUAUAUGUAAAAACGUUGUUUUGUUUAAAGGAACACCCCAAGCACCAUAACUACUACAGCACACUGUAGUGGUUAUAUUUCUAGCAGUACACUGCCCUCUCUCCUCAUUGUAAGUAGUUAAACCAUUUUAGAAUGAUUUGAUAUCUUACCUAGGGUCCACUGGGUACCACUCCCCACCUUCACUACUUCCAACAGAGAGCAGGGCUUAGAUAAUUGGCUGAGAAUGGUCAUCUGCCACUCUUAGAUAAUGAGCUAGCCCUGCACUGCAGAGCUUAGCUAUGGAUAGUUAUUAGAGGCCCCUGAUUUGGAGCUUCUGGAUCUCCAUUGGAAUUCAGAUAAGGCAGAAGUUAAACUUGGAGAAUAUGUUGCUUGGAGUGUUCCUUAAAUGUGGCAUCACACAUGAUAUCUAACUUCAGUGUGAAUGUAUCAUUUGUUAAUGUAAGUGUCUAUCAUUGUGUGUCAUAUUCAUUGUAUUUAUGGAUAAGCUAUUUCUGUGACACUUGAACUAUCUCUAUUUGCAAUAGUAAAUCCCAUAGUUAUACAAAAUUGGAAUGUUUGAAUAUUUUCUACUUCAGUUAAAUUGACUGUUAAUAUUUAGUGUGUUGCAUUCUUUACAUACGUUUCCUGUUUUUUAAAACUAAUAUUAAAACAAAAUUAUAUUUUUGUUUUGUUCAGACGCAUGCUUGAAUCAGAAGGAACACAAUCAAAUGGAUAUGUCAACGAAGCACAUAGCUACACAGAGCAUGACCAGUCUAUAUCCCAAACUGUAAAAAUCAGUGAACUCAAAAAUGAAGACUUCCGUAUAACUGAACAGGAGAGCCAGACUGAUUCACAAGAUGUGUACAAUACAACUGAAAAAACUAAAACAGACAUAACAGAUGACACUGUUUCUAAAUUAUCUUCUACUCCAGCCUCUACAUAUCUCACUUUAAAUUUGUAUCCCAUAGGAGAAGAAAUUAUAGAACAGAACAGCAAAACAGAAUCCGAUUCAACAUUACUGUCUAACAAUUCUUCUGGGUUUGACCAGGAUAGCAAUUUUAAAAGAAAUUCUGAAGAGCUUGAAUCUGCUCAAGAUGAGUUUUAUGACUGUACCAGUGAAAACAAUUCACUUACUGAAAGUGCUAUCCACAAUGUUUCAAUUAAACAUGGUGACGACAUGAUGGACUUUAUCUCAGUGGCACCUGCUAGUGAUGAUCAAGGACAUAUACUGAAUUCCGAUGACUAUCUCAGCAAUCAUCUAUUUCGAGAACCCAGUGUAAGGUCAGAUGACUCUUCCAUAGUAGCUCAAUUGAUUAUAAAACAUUCCAUAAGGUGUAUGAAGAGAGGGUCAACAAACAAACACAUAAGGGAUGGAUCACAAGCAGAAGACGAUGACAUGGAUCCAGAUGUAGCUGAGGCUUUAGCUGCUUUAGCUGCUGCAAUAGCAGGUGAAGAGUUUGAAGAAGAUCCAUUUGGAGGUUAA